CAUUCGAGUGAUGGGGAGUUGUGUUGGUGGGGAUGACAACCGGGAGGCCUCAGAGUACUGCACGCCGAGGCCGACGCUGUGGGACAUGUCUUCAAAGAUUUCAUUUAAGAAGAUGAAGAAUUUCAUCCAUGUAAACCCCAGAUCUUGGUGAGUAGGGCCAGGUAAGCAGUGGGUUGAAGGACACGAUGGUUUGAAGUCCCGUUGGGGCUGAGGGGCAAGGUAUGCCGGAUUUCAAGGGCCGCGAUUUGGCCCGAUAGGUAUGGUGCGAAUUGUCGGCUUGGACGCCCGCUGCUUACCUUGGACUCAAACCUGCGUUGUCGUUCUCUUGUAUUUCUCGUCAGCUGGUUUUCUUCCCGCACCUGUCUUUCUUCGGCCGUACCUUCUCAUACUCCCCAGUACAAACGUUGGGCAACCCUUCUUUCCCCCAUGGCUUCUGGCAUCGAGACGCUUGCGCAACGCGGUGCCGUCUUGGCCCAAGGACCAAGCCUUGCGGAGAAGUUUAAGAAGUUCAUGGCCGAUCCACACGAUCCUGAUUCGAAUCCAUCAGGAUUUAUCGACAUUGGAACAGCUGAGAAUCAUGCUAUGCUACCGGAAGUUGCUGCUUUCAUGAAUAAACACCCAGUGCACUUCAAAGCCAAGGACUUUAGCUAUGGCGAGGGUCCAAUGGGCACUUUGCGUCUCCGUACCGCUAUGGCGAACCAUAUGAAUAGGUACUUCAAACCACGGGAGCCAGUGGACCCUAUGCAUCUCCAUUUCACGAACGGAUGCACCUCUCUUUGUGAUAUGCUUGGAUAUACAAUGUUCGACGAAGAGGAUGGGAUUCUCAUAGCCCAACCCAGCUAUUCUGGUUUCCCUAUCGACUUCGGAACGAAAGCAAAAGUGAGGCUUGUACACGUCCCCUUUCAUGGCGUCGACCAGUUCUCGGUGGCGGCCAUCGAUAAAUUCGAAGAGGCACUCAAGAAGGCAUCCAGCUCUGGGAUCAAGGUUCGCGCCAUGAUGCUUUGUAGCCCGCACAAUCCGCUGGGGCAAUGCUAUCCGGUCGACACACUCAUUGCUUUGAUGCAAUUUUGCAACAAGCACCGAAUCCACAUGAUAUCAGAUGAGAUCUACGGGACCUCUGUCUACGAAGUCCCAGAUGAAUCUGCGGUCCCUUUCGUUUCGGUGCUCUCCCUUGAUUACGAGAAGUAUAUCGAUCGCAAUCUUCUCCACGUCAUGUAUGGAAUGAGCAAGGACCUCGCAGGCGGUGGUCUGCGAUUGGGUUGUCUACUUGUGCGCAACGAGGUACUAGCAACUGCCCUGAACGCCAUCAAUCAGUUCCACUGGUCCGGCAUCGCCAACGACCUCACUGCUGCGCAAAUGCUCGAAGACGUGGAAUGGAUGGAAUCCUUCUUAAAGACGAGCUGCGAGCGCUUGGCUUCGCGGAAUGCCUUGGUACGUCAAAUUCUAGAUGAACGUGGAGUCCCUUAUUCCAAGGCAUCGAAUGCAGGGUUCUUCAUGUGGAUCGAUUUAAGAAAAUGGCUGCCGGACACAAACGGCAAAGGAGAGAGGAUUUCCGGAUGGGAGAGAGAGCGGGAACUGGUGGAGAGAUUCUUUGACAACAAACUCAAUGUUUCUCCCGGUGAAAGCCAAUCUGCGGAGGAGCCAGGACUAUUCCGUGUCGUGUUUAGUCAUGAUGAAAGAGUUGUUCGGGAAGGGCUGAGGAGGCUGCUUGAGGUGCUUGAUGGCAAAUAGGCUGGGGAAGUACAUUACCUCAACAUGGAAGCCUACAAUUGAUGAUGCUUCCUAACUGUAGAAAACAUUAUUUAGGGAUGUAUUAUAGACAUUGAGGUGCGUCUCCGAGCGGAUGAGAUGGAAGUUUGAG